AUGUAUGGGAGGCACUCGGUAGAGCUUUCCGCGAGAGUUGCUUUCCUGUGGGCUUUAGCUACGCCCGUUCUAGCAGGGCAAUGGUGGCAAAACUCCGGUGAGGGCGACUAUGACACGCUCAAGUAUGGAAGUUCCAUGGACCGAGAUUGGCUCUACAGCGCUUCCUCAAUCUCCAUGAAACUGGAAGGAUGCAUUCUCGGCUACAACACAGCUGAUAGCGAAGAUGCUGGAUGCCCAGAGAACGAGAGUGAAGAUGGAACUAUAUAUUGGUACCAAAUGGCAAAUUGUCUCAGACCGCAAGCUGUCUUUUCGCUGUAUGCAUCAGACUCCAGUAGUACCAGCUGUUCCUCCAGCACAUUCAAGGAGUCGUUUGUGACGACCUUUGGCUUUGGUGAAUUCAUAUAUUACCUCGCCAAAUAUGACGAAAACAGCCCUUUCAACAAUCAAAACGACGACUACUACGGUGGAGAUGACUACUUUAGCCAAAAUGGAGGUUUUAAUGUGGAGAACAUGCCCGUUUGCGAAGAGGAUGGUUCUGGCUACUACAUUGGAAUGGGAUGCAGCGAAUAUGGGGACUUUGUCUUGAAACAAUACACCGAUGAAAACUGUUUCCAACCUCUCAGUGAUUCUGACUACGAGUCACUCAGCAACAUCAACUCACUUCUGAAGAAUUACAAAGACUGUACGGCUGCUUACACCUAUGGCAACGACCAGGACGAUUCAUUGGCCCACAAACUAGUAUAUUACUCCGAUAGCUGCUCUUCGAUCGACAACUCUCUCUGCCAAAACGACGAUGCCAUGUCUUCCAUGCUCAGUUCAUCCAAGACCCAAUCAUCCUCCAAAGCAAAGGCUCAAGCUGGAUCCAAAUCUUGGGUCACCAAACUCAAGUAUGUUGCAGGCGGUAUGCUCCUGGUGGCUUCCUUUGUGAUGUUCACUGGUAUCCUCUUCACCAAUAGACGCCGAAGAAGGGCGCUCAUGCAACGUAAGUAUAGACAGUCCAAGAAAGGCCGAUCAAGCCGAAGCAAGAGCCGAGGCCAUGACGGGGAAUCAAAACGUUCUUCAGCGCGAUCGAAGUCACGAACAAAGAGGGAUUCUGACAAAGAUCGCGGCGAUUCAGAACCAAGCGGGGUUUUCACUUAA